AUGGCUACUUAUGGAUGGUUGAGCGCCGUCGAGCAUUUGGGCGGUCGUGACAUCCUCGCCGCCACCGCACACUGCGCAAUCCAAAUUCGAGACUCCGAGGAGGAAACGCUGCCUUCCGCCACCGCAGAAUCCUCCUCCGCCGCCGCGAGCACGAGUAAGAAGCAAAAUUCGCCGCAUCACGAUCACGAUCAGCCGCCGCUGCUGCCGGAAGAAUUUAGGAGGGCGAUCGAGGAGAUGGCGCGGGGGAAGGAGCUGACGGCGCCGGCGACGCUGGUGAUUCAGAAGCAACUGUUCCGAACGGACGUGAGCAAAAACCACAACCGCCUCCCGAUCCCGGCGAGCCAGAUCAGCGACGGUUUCCUGACGGAGGAGGAGCGGCGCCGCCUCGGGGCGAGGAGGAAGGGCCGCGUGGACGUGAGGGUCGUGGAGGCGGUGGCCGCGAAGCUUUGCCGGCGGGUCAUGGCGAAGGGCGAGGGGAGGAAGAGGAAGACGACGUGA